AGACGCCGAGCUCCCUCCCCCCCACCCCACCCCACCCCACCCCACCCUCCCCUCCCCUCCUCCUCUCGCUCUCCCCCUCCCUCCGCGCACUGCUUCCCCUUUGACCCCCGCUGCUUCGCGGAGCCGGUGGCGACGUGUUAAUCAGGGAGAGAGAGAGAGAGAGGAAGAUGGCUGAGAAGAGGCCGAGUGCCAACUUGCUCUUCUCCUCCGACACCGAGUUCAGCUUCCCCGUGCCCUUCAUCCCCGUCAGUCAGGCCCAGGCGGCGGACUCGAGUCUUCUCUCGGCCGAUGAAUCGACUGACGUUGGUGAGGAGGACAGUUUUGUGGGUCAGACAUCUGCUUCCAUGAGCCACCCACCAGCCUUCAACUAUUUUUCUCAGGCUGCAACCAACAAUGAUCCUUUUGCAAAUAUUGGACACCAUCCUUGUACAACGGCGACACCAUCUACAAGGACAGUUUCGUGCUCAAAAGCUCCAGCUGAAGUAGUUUCUUCGGCACAUUCUGCACAUGAUCCCUUUGCAUUUCAGAGCCCACAGCCUCAAGCUGGCUUCAUGGUGCCUCCAGUCUCUCAGUAUAUCAGUACAACCUACCAGAAUAAUCAGCCUGGACUUUCUGCAUCAACAGCGUUCACGUCUGUCUCUCCUCCUCAGACCCAGCAGAAUUAUAACCCUUAUCGCCAAAAUUCACAGAGCAGUCGUGCCAGUCCUUACCUUCCCCCCCAUCAGCUACAGCAAGGCCAAGGUCACCAACACAUGCCUCCCUUUCAGUCUGCCACACCAACUAAUCAUCCUUACCAGACACCACCAGUCUCUCCUCCACAGGCUCCUUUAGGACAAACAAUAUCAACACCUAAACCUAUAUCCACAGCAAUACAGCCUUUGGUGAAUCCUCCGUAUAACAUUUAUGAGCCAGUACGACCCCACUGGUUCUACUGUAAGCUGGUAGAGGGUAAACCAAUCUGGAUGCCAUUUAGCUUUCUGGAUACUGUGAACCUUGAGGAAGUUUAUAACUCUGUACAACCAGACCCUGAAAAUGUCAUUGUGUCAACGGAUGGUGGUCGCUAUGAUGUACAUCUAUAUGAUCGCUUGCGCUAUGCUGUAUACUGGGAAGAAGAGCCAACUGAAGUGAGACGAUGCACAUGGUUUUACAAGGGGGACUUGGACAGCAGAUUUAUUCCUUACUCUGAGGAAUUCAGUGAAAAAUUGGAGGGAGAAUAUAAAAAGGCUGUAACUACCAACCAGUGGCACAAGAGACUUGAAUUUGCCAGUGGAGAAACCAUUGUUAUGCAUAAUCCAAAGGUCAUAGUUCAGUUCCAAGCUUCCUCAUUGCCAGAUGAAUGGGGAACUACACAAGAUGGCCAGACUAGGCCCAGAGUGGUCAAGCGUGGGAUAGACGAUGACCAUGAUGAGAUUCCUGAAGGAGAGUUGCCGCAAGUUAAUCAUCUGGUGUUCAUGGCACAUGGUAUUGGACCUGUGUGUGACUUGCGUUUCAGAAGCAUUGUUGAAUGUGUUGAUGACUUCAGAAACGUUUCUCUGAAACUACUGCGAACACAUUUUAAAAAAGCAGUUGAUGAAAAUAAAAUCACACGAGUUGAAUUUCUUCCAGUGCAUUGGCACAAUGCUCUUCAUGGAGAUGCUACUGGAGUAGACAGGCGUAUCAAGAGAAUCACAUUACCAAGUAUAGGCCGCUUGCGUCACUUUACCAAUGAGACAUUAUUGGACAUAUUCUUCUACAAUAGCCCUACGUACUGUCAGACCAUUGUGGAUAAAAUGGUUGCUGAAAUCAAUCGACUUUACGCUCUCUUCUUGAGUCGGAAUCCUAAUUUCAAAGGAGGAGUCUCCCUUGCAGGACACAGCCUGGGUUCUCUGAUCCUUUUUGAUUUGUUGGCCAAUCAGACGGGCUGCUCUUUGGCUGGUAAUCUCACUCAAUCAGCAUCUAAUGGGACUGUGAAAGAUUCUACAAUCUCAGAAGAACCCCAGGACCAGAAUUGUCGAGAUUCUGAAGAUUUUGAUGAACUGAAGGAUGAACAAGAGGAGGAAUUCCAGUCCUUAUCAGAAGCGUUGGAAUCACUCAGUCUCUCUGAGUACCUCACCACUUUGGAAAAGGAAAAAAUCGACAUGGAAUCAUUGCUCAUGUGUACGGUGGAUGACUUGAAGGAAAUGGGGAUCCCUCUUGGACCAAGAAAGAAAAUUGCCAAUUUUGUAAAAGAGAAAGUAAAUGCACAGGCAAAGAAAAAAGCAGCAACUGAGAAAAAAGCAGCACUAGAAGCCCUGAAGAAAGCUCAGCAAGAGGCUUCGCAAAAGACCAAGGAGGAAGCUGUUCACAUGGACUCAUUAGCUGUAGAGAAACAGGGCACGUUGAAGAGAGUGCUGUCUUGUGGUGGAACCACUGUUUCAUCUGUCAAAGUUCAUUAUGACCGUUUUGAAGCUGGUGCUGGCCAGGUUUCCGUGGCUUAUCAUGGCUUAGAUUUUGAGCCAGACAAUUUCUUUGCCUUGGGUUCUCCUAUCGGUAUGUUUCUCACUGUGCGUGGGCUGGAGAAGAUUGAUGAAAACUACAGACUACCAACCUGCAAGGGAUUUUUCAAUAUUUAUCAUCCAUUGGAUCCUGUGGCAUAUAGGAUAGAGCCAAUGAUUCUCCCCGAUUUGGAUAUAAAGCCAGUCCUUGUACCACAUCAUAAAGGCAGAAAGAGACUACACCUUGAGUUGAAAGAAAGUUUGUCCCGCAUGGGUUCAGAUUUAAAGCAAGGCUUCAUUAGCUCUUUGAAGAAUGCCUGGCAGACUCUGAAUGAAUUUGCACGUGCUCACACUUCUUCAACUCAGCUACAAGCUGAGCUAGAGAAGGUAGCCAACCAAAUUAAAGAAGAAGAAGAAAAACAUGUGGAGGAGGAGCAAAAGCUGGUGGACAGUCCAGAAUCAUCCAAGGAUGAGGAUUCGGCUGUGAAGAUUGGAAUGCUGAAUGGAGGACAACGUAUUGAUUAUGUUCUACAAGAAAAACCAAUUGAAAGCUUCAAUGAAUAUCUGUUUGCUCUUCAGAGCCACUUGUGUUACUGGGAAUCGGAAGACACUGCUUUGCUGUUUCUUAAAGAGAUUUACAAAUCUAUGGGCAUCAGCCCUGAACAACCACAACAUUGAUGGCCAUAGGCUAAACUGUAAUUAUCUUGGUAAUACUGGUCAUCCGAGGCACCAUCAGCGCUGCUGAAGACAAUGUGAUUUUAGAUCCUCAAUUGAAAUUGGUAGUCGUAUCUUUUAUUGGGAUGAUAGUAUUUAUGCAGUCUGAAUUUAUUCUACAAUACAAAACAACUGACUCUAAACAAAAGUUUUCCUUUGAAAAUAUAACUUUACUUGAUUCUCACCAGUGCAGAAAUGUAUUGCAUUAAGUUAAUGAGGCAGUGCGACUAUCUUUUGAGAGAGCUUUCAUUCUGGGUUGUUUGCUACUCAUUAGCCUCUUGAAGUAACUUGAAUGCUGAUUUCAGAAUACUUGCCUACCUGGUGGAGCCAAUGAAAUGAAUAUUAUCCUCUCCACUAGCAUCCUGUUAACUCAUUCCAUCCACUGUAGAAGUUCACUCACUUAAUCUGCAGUGCCUUGCUUCAGACAAAUGAAUGAUUAUAAUUUACAAGGUGUGCCUUGAAUAAGGCUACCCAUGCUCCUGCCAAAUGUAGUGCAUUUUUAAAACUAUAUUUCUUGUGUUAACUUGCGGAAUAUUUUAGUUUCUAAUAAAUGUUUUCCUGCUUAACUACAUAAUAAAUAUUGUAAAUGUUAAAAUUGAUUGCACCAUAUGAAAUCGAGGCACACUUUGCACGUACCACACUUGCAUUGCAAGAAUGAUAUCUUGAGCAAUGAAAUUAAUUUGAUUCUCAUUAAACUAUAAUGUAUGUUGCUAUUUCUUUACCCUCCUUGCCCCACCAAUCCACUGAACACUCUCCUAAUUUGGGCUCUCUUUUCUAUUGCACCCCAGUAUGGUGGCCAACAGGCUUUAUUUGGAGAGUGCAGUAUAUCACUGCAAGAUUGUAGUAAUGUGUCAGCCUGACGUGUGAUUUCAUCCCCACCAGAGGACUUCUCAGGCAGCAGUAAACUUCAGCUUGACUUUCAGCUUCCAUUAGGUCCAAGUACAUCUUUAAAUGGUGUUGAUGACGGGGUUUUAUUUUUCAAAUUUAGUAAUCUUGUGUUAGACCAUUAACAAAAUGUUUUUUUACUGGUGGUAGAAAUGCAUCCAGUGACAUUAAAUAAAGAGUGUGCAUUCUGAUCGGUGCUAUGAAGAUCAUUGAUGGAAUUUUAUUAUUUAUUGCACCUGGGUAGACAGUAUGCAAUGCUUUAUUAUAUGAUGAAGCUUGUUUUACUUUAGAGUAUGAGGAAUAUAGACAAUCAACUGGGAAAUGAAAUAAAUACCAGAACCAUUAAGGAACUUUUCAAUCACCCAUUUCUUCCUCCGAGCUGACCAUCUCAAGUUUGCUGUCUUCUCUGCCUGUGUUAGUCAUGUGCUGCCAGAGUAACAAAGCCUUGUAGCAGUGUAUUCAGAUUGAAUGUAGUUUUUGCAUUUCUCUGGAGAAAACUUUGCUUUGGGCAAUCAGUCACGAUGCUUUUUAUGUCUUCUGUUAGAUAGAAAUUCACUUUGUAGAAAAGCAAAAUACUGCAGAUGCUAGAAUUCUGAAAUUAAAGUAGUAAAUUCUGGAAAUACUUGGGUCAGAAAGUAUCAGCGCAGAGAAAAAGACAUCCAAUCAAUGACUUUUCAUCAGAUGCUGCCUGACUUGCUGAGCUCUGGCAGCAAUUUCUAAAUUUAUUUGACUUUAUUUUUAUCCAUUUCACAUUUGAUCCUGGGAAACAAAGUGAGGUUCUGCAUGAACAAGCAAACAACAUCCAAUUAUCUUUGACACAUUAAUGUAUUUUCCUGCACAUUUCCUUUCCUCUUCUCUCCUCUUGGUUUAAGCCCAAAGGCAGGCAUCUGGACAGUUGGUGUUUUGGGUUUUCUGAAUGUACAUUCAUUUGCAUUUGUCACAAGUUGUAAGUUUAAAGAUAAUGGUUAAAAAGGAUUUAUAAUUGUAGAAUUUUUUUGUAAGGAAAAUCUAAGAAAUCAACAAAGCCUUGCAUUCAGAUAUUACACCCUGGUAUGUUUCUUGCAACCGAUGCUGCUUUGCUACUUCUGGUUAAUUUUUGUUGUAACAUUCUAAAAGAUGUCCCCGGAUUCCUCUUGUACAUGUGUUACAUAGUUCGCAAUUUUAGCAUAAAGACUGCCUCUCUUAAAAGGUACCAAUCUGCUUAAUAAGAUUUCCGUUUUGACCAAAUUGGGUGUAAAUCCUAUCAGAGAUUUUCUGGUCUCAGAUUAGUGUUGGGUAACAAAAUAUAUACCAUCUGCUGUCAUUGUAGACUAAAUAUUUUGUUAGUGUUUAUUAUUAUUAAACUGAUUAUAAUUUAUAA